AUGGGCCACUUUCUGAUUCAAGGAUGGUUACUUGCUGCAGUCUAUGUGCAAUUAAGUCUUGCAACAAGUGUUCCAGCCCCCGUUGGGUCAUCCUCUGACUUAACUCUGGCUCCCACGUCUACUCCUGUGGCAGGACAUCAUCAUCACCACCACCAUUGGACUUACUCCUCGCGGCCUUUGCCUAGCCGCGGGCCAUGCCGCGCCCGAUCUUCAUCGGCUAUCCCAUCCUCUUCUGCAUCCCCCUCUUCCAGGAUAGUUGCUUCGUCGUCCGUCAUCGUGGUGUCUUCAUCUAGUGCAGUUGUGUCAUCAUCGCCUACUGCCGCGCCUCAUUCGAGGCCGAUCCACAGUGUAUCACCGCUGCCACAAGGUAGUACUCGCAGGCCUUUGGCUCGACCCAGCUCGAGCAUUAUCCCUUCUGGUGCUGCCUCUACUCCCGUCUUGAGCACUUCUGUUCCUCUUUCUGUACCAAGCUCUGUUCCUCAUGUGUCUUCUCAGCCAAGUGCUUCUUCUCCUCAAGGGACCGCAACUGGAUCGCAAGGUAGCACCUCUGCUUCUAUCUUCAAUUCGUCAGCAUCUGUUUCUACACCCAGCUCUAUCGACGGUACUUCUUCCACCUCAAGUGAUCCUCUCACCCCGGGAGCUACCACCACUGAGGCUGGUUCAAACGUGUCCCAGAGCAGCUCUACUGCAGGUGAUGCCGCUGCCUUGACCAGUACUCCCUCCGGAACUGCUCAGUCAACUGUUCUUCCUGGAUCUCCCACACUAGAAUUGACCACUUCUACUGUGCUUUCCACUCGCACUGCCACCAUCACUGCCUGCCCUACCACAGUUCCUAACUGUCCCGCAACAGCCAAGACAACAUUCGUGACUACAGAAACAAUUGUAGUGUCUACCACAAUUUGCCCUGUCACCGCCACACAGAAGAGCAUUCCUGCAUCCGUGACUACUACCGGAGCCAGCGACGAUGGCAAUGAAGACCACGGCUCAGAUUUGACCACCUCCACAGUCUUCAGCACUCGCACUGCCACCAUCACUGCAUGCCCGUCUUCGGUGACAAACUGUCCCCUGCGCUCAAAGACUACCUACUUGACCACUGAGACCCUGGUUGUUUCCACAACUAUCUGCCCUGUCUCCGAGGCUACCGCUACGGGUGCGGCCGCAGCAGCCAAGCAGACCGCUACUAUGAAUGUAUCUGGCAAUGGUGUCGCUUCAGAGCUUACUACCUCUACCGUCUAUGCUACACACACAGCUACAGUCCUUGCUUGCCCCGAAUCUGUGACUGACUGUCCUCUGCGGUCAAAGACUUUGUCGGCGACUACCCAGACAGUGGCUGUCGCGACUACCGUAUUCCCGGUUCCUGUUGUGCCUACUACUGUUUCCAGUGGCUCCGGAACUGGCUCAGAAUCCGGCUCGCAGUCUGUCCAUGAGCUGGAUAUGAACGCGAAUGGGGGUUCAAACACUAGCUCAGGAGCCGAGGCAAUUCACACCACCACAAUUGCUGUUGAAUCGUGCUCCGAGGACAACAUCUGUACUGGAUAUAUCAACACUGUCCUGAUAACACAGACUAGCACUGUGCUUUCCACUGCGGCACCAUCCCCAUUCAAACCCCACUGGACUACCAGUGUUACAUCUGACCGCAGUACCACUAUUACAGCUGAUGUUUCAAGCAGCCAGCCCAGCGGAAUGAUCACCGCUACCACAUCUGCCACCACUGGCGCUGUUAGUCCAGUAUACACUGGAGCUGCAUCCGCUGGUAUUCAGAGCUCUUCCAUGAUGCUACUGGGUACUUUUAUGGGGCUUCUUGGAGCAGCACUCGUUUAG